UGUCAGAUGUCCGUCAAGCACUGCGACAACUCAAAAUUCUCGUGAAGCUUCACCUUUGUAUAUAGUGUUUUACAAAUUUACGAAGUUUUGAAUGAGAGCCAAUCGAUUGUACCUAAUAAUGGGUGCCAUAUGUAAAUUAAGAAUACUAAUUUAAUCGUCGAAAUCACAAAUGGCUACGGAGACGCUUUUAAAAACGAACAAGCAUUCAAAGUAUAUAUCAUAUAGGAAAAUUUUGUAUCAUAGGUUUUUUGUUGGCCUACUAUUGUUUAUAGUAGUGUCUCUUGUGUUUACUGUGCUUUUUAAUAUUUACGCGGGAAGUUCGCCACGGACCGAAAUUUACGAACCAGUGAGCUUGGAUCUAGUGAGUUUACAAGUGACAAAAAUUAAACCGAACGCACCUUAUUCGGCGCCUCGCUUUUCAAAUUGUACAUAUUGGAGUUGUUUUAACGUUUACAAAUGCGGGAGAGGCGGCCACGAUAAGAUAACUAUCUACAUUUACCCGUUAAAAGAGUAUAGAACAGAAGAAGAUAGACUUAUAUCGCAAUUGUCUAAGGAGUUUUACGAAAUCCUAGAUACGAUAAGACAUAGUAAGUAUUACACAGCGAAUCCUGAGGAGGCUUGUUUGUUGGUGCCCAGCAUAGACACAUUGAACCAAAAUACAUUUUCAAGUAAACAUGUGUCUCAGGCAUUGCAAUCUCUACAAUUCUGGAAUAAUGGAGAAAACCAUCUCAUAUUCAACAUGUUACCGGGCAAUGUGCCCAAUUACGAAACAGUUGUCGAUCUCAACACAAGCAAAGCUAUUAUAGCAGGAUCUGGUUUCAAUACAUGGACUUUUCGAUAUGGAUUUGAUAUUUCAUUACCUUUAUACAGCGACGUUGCCAGAGGAAUUGACAAUACUCAGCCGGAACAGAAGAAUUACUUAAUAAUAUCCACACAGCAGAAUAUUCCAGAAGAUUAUCUAGCGGAGUUACAAAAUAUAGCAUCUUCAUCAAACGAUUUAUUAUUACUAGGCAAUUGUAAGAUGGAUUCAAAUAGAAUAGAUCAUACGAAACGCUGUGAAUACACGACUGGUAGAAUGUUUAACUAUCCAGAUAUAUUAAAAGAGGGUAUGUUCUGUCUGGUUGUUCGUAGCGCUAGACUGACUCAGUCUGUGUUAAUGGAUAUACUGGCUUCGCAAUGUAUUCCUAUAAUAAUAGCAGAUACAAUAGUCCUGCCAUUUAAUUCUCAUGUUGACUGGCAUCGUUUAUCAUUGUAUUUGCCUGAAGAUAAUAUAAAGAAUCUAUUGAGAAUAGUCCAUUCUGUAAGCAAGGAGAGACGUGGAGAGCUAUAUUGGCAGCUAAGAUGGGUCUAUGAGAGAUAUUUUGCGACUAUCGAAAAGAUUACUUUGACAAUGUUGGAAAUAUUGAAUGAAAAGGUGUUCCCUUUAGCUGCUAGAAUGUAUGAGGAAUGGAAUAUGCCAGAACAUUUGUAUGGUCCAGUGAACCCUCUGUUCCUGCCAGUGACCGCGCCAAAGUCCCCGGGUUUCACCGCGGUCAUCCUCACGUACGAUCGUGUGGAGAGUCUCUUCACCCUCAUCAGGAAGCUGGUGCGGACGCCCAGCCUCGCCAAGAUACUGGUCAUCUGGAACAACCAGAAUAAACCGCCGCCGCCUUCGUCCGACUGGCCAGUAAUAAACAAGCCGUUGAAAGUGAUCCGAACGAAAGAGAACAAACUAUCGAAUCGAUUUUAUCCGUACGAUGAGAUCGAGACGGAGUGUCAGCUGACUAUCGACGACGACAUAAUUAUGCUGACGCCCGAUGAAUUGGAAUUUGGUUUCGACGUGUGGAGGGAGUUCCCGGACCGCAUCGUGGGGUUCCCGUCGCGGCUGCACGUGUGGGACAACGUCACCUCCUCUUGGAGAUACCACAGUGAAUGGACCAACCAGAUCUCUAUGGUGCUGACCGGUGCAGCAUUCCACCAUAAGAUCUGGUCAUGGUACUACACGUAUAAAAUGCCAGCUGACAUCCGCACCUGGGUGGAUGAUAACUUCAACUGUGAAGACAUCGCUAUGAAUUUCCUAGUCGCUAAUGUUACAAGAAAACCCCCCAUCAAGGUAACACCUCGUAAGAAAUUCAAAUGUCCCGAAUGUACGAACACGGAGAUGUUGUCUGCGGACGCGCGGCACAUGUCGCAGCGCUCCGCCUGCAUACACAAGUUCACUGACACGUACGGACACAUGGCGCUGAAGGCGGUCGAGUUCCGCGCGGACCCGCUGCAGUACAGGGAGACUGCCGGCGUCCCGCAACUGUACCCUGAUAUAGGAGCACUCUGAGGUAACGGUUAUGCCACGUUAACGAAAGGUUAACAACAGGUUAACAAAA